AUGACACGUUCCCAGCGUACCGACGACGUAAAGAAGGGCGAAUCUAACGCUAUCCUCACCUCCUACAACCGCAACUUCCCCGGCCGCAACGAUGGCAACCGAGCUACCAUGAACUUCCUCGCUUCUCCCGAACUCAUUACUGCGAUGUCAUACUCUGGCUCUACGACCUUCAACCCAAUGACCGACAGCAUCCCUACACCCGACGGCAAGCCUUUCAAGUUCGCGCCGCCAAAGGGCUCGGACCUCCCUACCGCUGGUUUCGCAGACGGUAACCCAGACUUCAUGCCUACGCCAGGUGUCCCCGACGCCAGCGUGGAUGUCAUUGUCUCGCCUACAUCCACCCGUCUGGCACUCCUUGAUCCUUUCCCAGCAUUCCCUGGCUCAGAGUUUACGAGCCUGCGAGUACUCUACAAGGUCAAGGGACAAUGCACAACGGAUACCAUCUCGGCUGCCGGUCCAUGGCUCAAGUACAAGGGCCAUCUCCCCAACAUCUCUGAGAACACACUCAUCGGUGCAGUCAACGCACAGACCGAUGAAGUCAACGUUGCCUACGACUUUGACGGUAAGACGUCAGGUAUCCCAGAACUAGCAAAGAGGUGGCGAGACCAGGGCAUCGAGUGGCUAGUUGUAGCGGAGCACAACUACGGCGAAGGUUCUGCCCGUGAACACGCUGCCCUGCAACCGCGAUACCUCGGUGGCCGCAUUAUCCUCGCCAAGUCAUUCGCCCGUAUCCACGAGACCAACCUCAAGAAGCAAGGUAUCGUCCCUCUCACCUUCGCCAACGAAGCCGACUACGACGCUUUCGAAGCAUGUGACCAGGUCGCUACACGGGGCCUGUUGGACGUGCUGAAGAGCGGUGGCAAGGGCGAAGUCGAGCUUGUCCUCAAGAAGAAGGACGGUAGCGAGAAGGUCGUCAAGACCAAGCACACACUCUCGCACGAUCAAUGCGGAUUUGUGAUGGCUGGCAGUGCGCUCAACCUUCUAGCUGCGAAAGGCAGGGAGACGAAGGAGGAGGUUACCCGGAGUGCGGAGCUGAGUGAUUGA